AUGUCCUUGUCGCGAUCACCCUCCCCGCGCCCGGGCGGAGGUGGAGGGUGGUCCAGCCCGGGCCUGACCCCCGGCAGCGGCACCUCGACGCCGCGCAGUGGCGGCUACUCACCCUCGCCCGGCGCGCUGUCUCCCAACGUGUCCUGGGCGACAGCCAAAGCGAAAAGCGACGAGGUGCGCGGGUAUCCGUCGUUUUCAACGCGCAACUCGGGCUUCUUCUCGCGGCAGAAACAUCGCAUUUCGGCUCGUUUGCCCAGUUUUCGAUCCGACCCGCCCCGUGCGCGCGACUAUGUGGAUAAAGAUGAGUACGGGCGGAGACCUUGGCGCCCUGGUGGCGUUGGCCGUGGGUCCAUUGCCGUGCUGGGGAGGACGAUGCGCCGGCCGCGGUCGAGGUUGCUGUUGGGCUUCUUUGUGUUGUGGUUGGGGUAUAUGUGUUUCUGGACACCGCUCAUACAGGCAUAUCGGCGAUCACCUUUCGGCGACGGACGCAAGUUCGUCAUUAUUCUCGGCUCCAAUGUCGAGGGCGGUGUGAUGGAGUUGAAAGGCGCGCGAGAGUGGGCGAUCGAGCGAAACAGCAUCUGGAAUAAAGAAGAGUAUGCGCGCCGCUGGGGGUACGAGCUAGAGAUUGCCAAUAUGCUGGCCAAGAAACGGUAUUCGCACGAGUGGCGCGAGAACUGGGAGAAGGCUGAUGUGAUUCGCGAGGCGAUGCGCAAGUAUCCGCAGGCGGAAUGGUUCUGGUGGCUGGAUCUCAAUACCUGGAUCAUGGAAUACGGGACGGAUUUGCAAAGUCACAUCUUCAACGACCUGGAGUCGCACGUCUACCGCGAUAUCAACACAUUCAACCCCCUCAAGAUCAUGCAUCCCCUGCCUGAGUUCUGGCUAGAUGACCUCGGACGUGCCCUUGAGGGCGACGAGGACCCCAACUCGCUCAAUCUGCUCUUAACGCAAGACUGCUCUGGUUUCAACCUGGGCUCAUUCUUCGUCAGGCGCUCCCUCUGGACAGACCGAUUCCUCGAUACCUGGUGGGACCCCGUCAUGUACGAGCAGAUGCACAUGACAUGGGAACACAAGGAGCAAGACGCCCUGGAGUACCUUUACCAGAGCCAGCCAUGGAUCCGGAGCAGCGUCGGAUUCCUGCCCCAGCGCAGCAUCAACGCUUUCCCGCCCGGUGCGUGCGGCGAGGGCCAAGACCCCGUCGUGCACUACCAGCAGAGCGCACGCGAUUUUGUCGUCAAUAUGGCGGGCUGCAACUACGGCCGCGACUGCUGGACCGAGGUGUAUACGUACCGCGAGAUAAGCAAGCGGCUCAAUCGGACAUUAUGGCAGCACUUCAAGGGUGCGAUCAACACCGUGAUCGACAGGGUGCGGGGGCCGUUUGUGACGCUCGACGAGGAUGAUGAAUGA